AGCAGCGGUGGCGGCGUGUGCGAAUAGCGCGGCGCGUGAUUGUGUCGUGGUCUGCCGAAGAACAAGAAGAAGGAAUUUAACGAUCCCAUCUACCACCAACAGGAUAAAUCAGCAUGUGAUACACAUCUCAUUUAAUAAUAUAUAUAUACAACAAAAAAAUUGGAAAUUUAGAGAAAUGGCGAACACGGCUCAUUUAGUCCGCAGACAGAGUUCGAGAGAUCUGAAUCCUCAGCGCUCGUUGGACCGAUUGGAGAUGAAGGAGAUGCGAGGCAGAUUGAUGGUGGUGGAAAACGGAUCAAAUUCUUCUUGUUCUUACGGAGCCACGAAUGCCGCCUUCGAGGAUACCAGUCCAAAUACGAAAUUGAAGUCGAGCAACAGUAGCAAAAGAGGAUCUCACGAUCAAGGAAAGGUUUUCAAGCCGGAAUGUGCUGAGGAAGAGAGGGAAUCGUGGGACAGCAAAUUGACGUUUCUUUUGGCGACUGUUGGAUAUGCAGUCGGGUUGGGAAACGUGUGGCGUUUUCCGUAUUUAGCGCAGAAGAACGGAGGCGGUGCCUUCCUGAUCCCCUAUUUCGUAAUGCUGGCUGUUGAAGGCAUCCCCAUUUUUUAUCUGGAAUUGGCCAUAGGACAAAGGCUGAGGAAGGGGGCGAUCGGUGUAUGGAGUCAAGUGUCGCCAUUCUUAUCAGGCAUCGGAAUCAGCAGCGCCGUCGUUUCCUUUAACGUCGCCCUUUAUUACAACACUAUAAUCGCCUGGUGUCUGUUCUACUUCGUACAAAGCUUUCAAUCUGAGCUGCCGUGGUCCGAAUGCCCUAAGGUCUACUUCCCAAACAGCUCUUACAUCGAAGAACCUGAAUGCACCGUUAGCAGUCCCACUCAAUACUUCUGGUACAGAACAACCCUUCUUGUUUCCAAAGACAUCGACAAUCCGGAAUCUUUCAAUUGGAAAAUUGCUUUGGCUCUUGUAAUCGCCUGGAUUUUGGUUUACAUGUGCAUGAUUAAAGGGAUCGCAUCUUCGGGAAAAGUCGUCUAUGUAACUGCCACCUUCCCUUACAUAGUUCUCAUUAUAUUCUUCUUCCGCGGUAUAACGCUCAAAGGAGCAGGAGACGGCUUGAUGCAUCUAUUUACGCCUAAAUGGCACACUAUACUCGACCCCGUCGUCUGGCUCGAAGCCGGAACGCAGAUAUUCUUUUCAUUAGGUUUGGCAUUCGGAGGUCUAAUUGCCUUUUCGUCUUACAAUCCUGUAAAUAACAACUGCUACCGAGAUGCCUUAAUGGUCUCCAUGACUAAUUGCUUUACGUCGAUGUUUGCUGGAAUCGUCGUCUUCAGCAUUAUUGGUUUUAAAGCUACCAUGACUUACGAAAAGUGUUUAGAAGAUCGCAAUGCAACAGCUUUCGCCUUGGGCAUAUUCGAUUUGGCAAAGCUUCCAGUUUGCGACCUACAAAAAGAACUUGAUAACUCGGCUUCAGGCACGGGCUUGGCGUUCAUCAUUUUCACGGAGGCUAUAAACCAGUUCCCCGGCGCCCAAUUCUGGUCGGUCCUCUUUUUCCUGAUGCUCUUCACCCUUGGCAUCGAUUCGCAGUUUGGCACACUCGAAGGUGUCGUCACAUCCAUCGUCGAUAUGAAACUGUUUCCGAAUCUACGAAAAGAGAUCCUGACUGGAGUCAUAUGCCUGACUUGUUGCUUAUUAUCCUUGGGAUUCGCCCACGGCGCCGGCAGUUACAUAUUCGUCCUGUUCGACAACUUCAGCGGAAAUUUUCCAUUAUUAAUCAUUGCAUUGUUCGAGUGCAUCGCCGUCUCCUAUGUCUACGGAUUGAAACGUUUUGCAGAUGAUAUUGAAAUGAUGACCGGAUCCAGACCAGGUCUUUAUUGGCUAAUCUGCUGGAAAUACCUGUCUCCGCUUGCUAUGAUCUCAAUCCUGAUCGCAAGUUUCGUGGAGAUCGCCGUCGACGGUUCCGGUUAUGACGCCUGGGUCGCAUCUCUAGGAAUAACUGAACGUCACGGUUGGCCCACCUGGGCCAUAGUCCUCAUCAUCUUCCUGGUGUGCGCUUCCAUUCUAUGGAUUCCAGGCAUAGCAAUUUGCAGAUUAUUCGGGAUCGUCAUAAUUGAAGACGACGAGAAAGCCUGGUUCCCCGCCAACGACUUGAAGGACUUCCACGGAAUAAUGCCGCACGAAGUGACAACGGCCGAGAAAUUGCUCUUCUGCAUCCGCGACGACGGAAGCGAAGGUCUUUGUUGUCCCACUGGAGGAACCUAUGACGAAGACGAGGAUAAUUAGUAGAAGUAGAUCAGUUGUCAGUGAAUAAUUGCUUUUCAUUUUAUUUUUUAGGCUUAUCUACGUUUUGGAAAGUAUCCGACAAUAAUUAAUAAGUAUAUUAGCUAACGAAAAUGUGAUAAAAUAUGCACAAAAGUGUUUGAUGAUUUACGAGAACACAUUGAUGAAGGAAAUGAUCGUACUUAAGAAAAACCGAAACAAUUAUUUUUUACGAAAGAAAUACUUUAUAUCAAUUUCAAUAUUACAAAUGAUUCUG